AUUUUCAACAAUCCAUCGGCUUCUUCGGCUCAUGUCACGCCGCACCAUAUCGGUCUCAGUUUUAUGCCAUUUUUUUCUUUCUUCCAUUUCAAAUUAUUUAUUGAUACAGUUUUAUUCGGUGCUGCAGUUCCGGUUUAAGUGUUCAAUUGUGAUGGUGAAUAUUCGUAUAUAGGACUGACGACUAUGGAGCAACGGUUUUGCGUUUAAAGCGAUUUCUGUGAUCCGGAAUGACCAUACAUCAUUAUGAAAUCCACACCAAAAAAUCAAAGAAACAGUGAACUGGUCCUCAUAAAACUAAUAAUAAUCUCCCUGUGUAUCAAAGUGUGCUGCGCAUGUGACAACCAGAUCAAAGACGAGAGUGCUUUAGAUAAAGAAUUAAAAAAUUACGUGGAUCGGGUGCUGAAAACCGACCGUUUUAGUAUCAUACCGGGGGUGGAGGUUGAAAAAUUGGGAAACUUUAGUGCAGUGGUGAGUGAUAGCAGUUGCGAAAAGGGGCGUAGCAGUUACUCUUUUGAAGAUUACGUACGGAGAAGACUGGAUCAGUAUGCCGAGACUCACGUGGUGUCAGUUAAUUUUGAACAGACCGCCAGAUUUUUGACUUCUAGUGGAGAUGCCACUGGAAAUUCCAGCACUGAUGGUUCUGGCAAGAGCUCCUUCCUCGCGGGAUUCAGUAUGGGUCUAUUAGCAUUUUUCCUAAAAAAAUUAAUGCUCCCUGUGUUCCUUGGUGCUCAACUGAUCAAGUCGGUGCUGAUUGCCAUGUUUCUUCCAACGCUACUGGGAGGAUUGGGCAGAUUGGCCGGAAAAGGUUUAUCCACGUUUUCCGGACUAUCUACUGCAUCCACCGGUUUAAAUAGACAUCAACAGUUGCAGCAAAUGGAAGAUUUCGAAUUUAAGGACUCUGAUCCGUAUAAUAACGAGGAACCGCCACUCGGAGCUGAUUUUAAUGAUGACCAGGAUAGUUUGACUCUGAAUACAUUGGAUAGUAGCAGUACCGCUUCUCCAAAUAGCAGGUUAGGAUUCGCCAACAAAAGAAUCUACACCGCCCCAACCAUGAGCGACAACUACUACUUGCGACGUCCCCAAAAGAAAACCGACUACAAAGUGUUCCAUAAGAUUCCGUCUUCGUCGCUUUUAUUGACCAGCUACGAUCCGUUCUACAGUCCACUUCUAUCCAGACUGGAUGCGGUUUUCCAACAGUGGGGAUUGGCCGGCCAAGAUAAGGGCCAAGAAACUGAGAGGUGCCGGGAACGACUCGUGUGCUUAAUGUACGCGAAUCCCGCCAAAUAUGCUCCGUAUAGUAAUUUGGUGUCCGCUCAACUAAGCAGGGAACUAAACGAACUGCGAAAACCGACUUCGGAUAACCCGGAAAUCCUGCGGUUCUUCCGCUACAUGAAGGCCGCCAAAGAUGGUCAAGAUGGUGAAACGGAGUGUCCCGAACAUGGAGGAUGUUCUGCUUUAACUGCCCACGAACCUAGUCCCGCCUUGCUCACUACUUAUAAUGAAAUCAAUAAACUGGUUGAAGCUAGAAAAAUUAGUAAAUAAAUAAAUCAUAUAACUGUUAUUAGCGAAGAUCUUAUUGUAUCCAGUAUAGUAAUUUUAUGGCAGAUAAUGCUUGAAAAUGAAUAUGGUCUAUAGCAUUUUACUCUUAAGUAAUUGCUCUAAUCAUAAUGAAAUUGUAGUUUUCUUGCAAAAUUAUUUAGAUUACAGGCGUGAGACUGGUUAAGGUUCAAAUUUCAAUUUUCAACCCAAACUGUCCUAAGCUUAUAAAAAAUCUUUUAAAGUCAGUUAAAUUACAAACGAUAACAAAAAACUUUAUGAUAAAAGCACCAGUUGUUUUAUAUUUUCCAAUUUCCAGUGAAAUGUUAUUAGGACCGAUUCCAUACUGUUGUCUCUUUUUGUUUAUAAAACAAUUAAUUUCCCGGUGAUUUUCUGGGAAAACUGAUUAUUUUAUGAGUAUUCAAAAUAAAUUACACUAUAUUUAUUUACCAAAUAACAUUUGAAUUUCAAGUGGUAUAACAGUGAUUUCCCCGUCUAAAUGAACCUGAUUUGCCUAUUUUCGACUUUUGUGCUGCAUAAUAUUUAAAUAGUAAUUAAAUUAGAUCAAUAAUUCCGCGCCCGUUUGGAAUGUUUGAUUUAAUUUGAUGAAGGUAGCGCUGGUCCAUAGUUAUUUAAUUUACUAUUUAUUGUCUUUUAUAUCUUAUUUAUUUUAGGUAAAUAGGUCUAAGGGAUUCUUGUAAAUAAAAAAAAACUGUUAUUUAGGAAAAAA